AUGGAAGUAAAUGAAAUGGGAGCACAUGAAAUAGUGGAGUAUUGUUUUUCAUCUGACAAUGCAUCUUGCCUAAAAGAAACUCGAUCCACAGCUGUUUAUGUCAUCUUAUAUAUUUUCUUUAUAUCUGUGGCAAUACUGACAGUGUGUGGAAACCUGAUGGUGAUCAUUUCUAUCUCUCACUUCAAGCAGCUCCACACACCAACUAACUUCCUCCUGCUCUCUCUGGCUGUGGCAGACUUUCUGAGCGGGCUGAUUGUGAUGCCUUUCUUGAUGAUAAUGUAUAUAGAAACUUGUUGGUAUUUUGGAGUGACGUUCUGUUAUAUUUUUACCUCAGUUUUUGCUAUUCUUUCUGUUACUUCUCUUAUUAAUGUUGUCUUCAUAAGUAUCGAUCGCUAUUUUGCUGUGUGCGAUCCUUUACAAUAUUCCAAUAAAAUAACAGUUAAUGUUAUAAGCUUAUGUAUAAUACUUAGCUGGUCAUUCGCCAUACUUUAUUCAUUGAUGAUCGUUGCGUGCAAUAUUAAUUUUAAAAGCACUGAAGGCAUAAAUACCUGCCUUGGAGAAUGUUUGAUUGAAAUGAGUGCUUCCUGGGUGAUACUUGAUAUUUUCAUUUCUUUCAUUUUACCUUGCUCUAUUAUGAUAUUUCUUUAUAUAAAAAUAUUUAUUGUUGCCAAAAGGCAUGCACAAGUGAUCACUUCUGUUACUGAACAGCUGACUUAUAGAGAUGAAAAAAACAAUAACAUUUCCAAAAGGUCUGAAAGAAAAGCAGCCAGAACAUUAGGGAUUGUAAUGGCUGUAUUCCUCCUGUGCUGGAUGCCAUAUUAUAUAGCCAAUAUUGUUGUGGGAAACUUAAGUUUUUCUUCUUCACCAGCAGUUAUUAAUUAUCUGAUUGUUCUAGCAUAUUUGAACUGUACCCUGAAUCCAAUUAUCUAUGCCUUGUUUUAUCCCUGGUUUCAGAAGUCAGUGAGAGAAAUAUUUACAUUUAGGAUAUGUGAUCCAGCAUCCACUCUGAUUAAUCUGUUUCCAGAAAACCAUUAA